CAUGUUCAUGAGCACCCAAUUUUCUCUCACACACAGAGAGAGAGAGAGAGAGAGAGAGAGAAGAGGGGCAAAAUGGGCAUAACAAAAAUUUUCGUGAGUACAAUUUUGCUUAGUGUAUGCGUUUUGGGAAACGCGGUUCAUGAAGAAAGCAAGAGAUACGAGGCUGAUUUCCAUACUAUUGAAGUCAGCUCUCUCUUGUCUUCUUCAUCUCCUUGUGUUCUUUCUCCCAAAGCAUCCAAAACCAAGUCAUCGCUGCACGUGAUGCACGCGCACGGCACGUGCUCGCAUCUCAGUAGCGGCAAAAACGCGAUUCCAGACCGCGUUGAGAUUCUGAAACGCGACCAGGCGCGUGUGGACUCGUUCCACGCAAAGCUAUCGAAGACGACGAAGACCGCGACCAGAAACGCCGACAGGGUCCGACAACGAAAGUCGGCGGAUUUGCCGGCGAAGGACGGAAGUACCAUCGGUUCCGGGAACUACAUAGUGACUGUCGGAAUUGGGACACCGAAGAAGGACCUGUCUCUGAUCUUCGAUACAGGCAGUGAUCUGACGUGGACGCAGUGUGAGCCCUGCGUCAGGACUUGUUAUUCUCAGAAGGAACCCAUUUUUAACCCUUCUUCGUCUUCUUCCUACUAUAACGUCUCCUGUUCUUCCGCCGUUUGUGGUGCUCUCUCUUCUGCCACCGGGAAUUCGGGAAGCUGUUCGUCUUCGACGUGCGUCUACGGGAUCCAAUACGGCGACCAAUCCUUCUCCGUCGGAUUCCUCGCCAGAGAGAAGCUAACCCUAACGAGCUCCGAUAUCUUCGACGGUUUCUACUUCGGCUGCGGCGAGAACAACCAGGGUCUCUUCAAUGGCGUCGCCGGACUCCUCGGCCUCGGUCGCGACCAGCUCUCCUUCCCUUCUCAGACGGCGUCGCGCUACAACAAGGUCUUCUCCUACUGCCUCCCUUCCUCCGCUGCCACCACCGGUCAUCUCACCUUCGGAUCCGCCGGUCUCUCCAGAUCCGUCAAGUUCACGCCGUUAUCCUCUGUCACCGACGGUACCUCCUUCUACGGCCUCGACAUCGUCGGGAUCUCCGUCGCCGGCCAGAAAUUGACGAUUCCGUCUACCGUAUUCUCCUCCGCCGGAGCUCUGAUCGAUUCCGGCACCGUUAUCACCCGUCUCCCUCCAAAGGCCUACUCCGCGCUGAAAUCCGCGUUUCAGGCGAGUAUGUCGAGGUACCCGACGGCUCCGGCGGUUUCGAUCCUCGACACGUGCUACGAUCUGACAGGCUACAGGACGGUUGCGAUUCCGAAAGUAGGGUUUCUGUUCAGUGGAGGAGUGGAUGUGGAGCUGGACGCAACCGGGAUUUUGUACGCGCUUAAGAUAUCGCAGGUGUGUUUGGGGUUUGCGUCGAACAGUGACGACAGUAGCGUUGCGAUCUUCGGAAACGUGCAGCAGCAAACGCUGGAAGUGGUUUACGACGGUAGGGGCGGCAGGGUGGGGUUUGCACCUGGAGGGUGUAAAUGAGAGAUUAAGGUUUUAAAUUUGGAUUAAGAUGGUGUAAUUAAGGAUUUGGCACAAAGGGCCUUUUCCUUAACCAUCUGUUUAAUUAUGGUUAAUCGUAAUAUGAUUUGAAGCAAUUGUACAGUGUAAUAAGCUGUGUUGGUAAACGUCAAAAGGGCCAUACGUCGCCGUGUGUUUGUGAUUGAAAAUAUUUAUGAAAAGAGAAAAUUGGAAAUAUCUGUCGAA